AUGACCCUUGCUGUUGUGGCCCUGCAGCUGGUGGUGUGCACCCUGGCGCUUCCCAUGUUUCUGCUGAAUCUUCUAGGCCUGUGGAACUGGGUAUGCAAGAAGUCCUUUGCCUACUGCAUGCAGUGGUUCACUGUGAUUUACAAUGAGUAUAUGGCGAGCAGAAAGCAGAAGCACUUCAGCAAUCUGCAGGAGUUUGCAGGCCCCUCUGGGAAGCUGUCCCUGCUGGAGGUGGGCUGUGGCACCGGGGCCAACUUCAAGUUCUAUCCCCCCGGGUGCAGGGUCACUUGUAUCGACCCCAACCCCAACUUUGAGAAGUACUUGUUCAAGAGUGUGGCAGAGAACCAGCAGCUGCAGUUCGAGCGCUUUGUGGUGGCGGCCGGGGAGAACAUGCACCAGGUGGCCGAUGGCUCUGUGGACGUGGUGGUCAGCACCCUGGUGCUGUGCUCAGUGAAGAACCAAGACAGGAUUCUGCGCGAGGUGUGCAGAGUGCUGCGGCCGGGAGGGGCCUAUUACUUCUGGGAGCAUGUGGCAGAUGAACCGUCCACCUGGAAUUACUUCUGGCAACAGGUCAUGAAUCCUGUCUGGUUCCUUGCUUUUGAUGGAUGCAAUGUGACAAGAGAGAGCUGGAAGGCCCUAGAGCGGGCCGGCUUCUCCAAGCUGCAGCUGCAGCAUAUGCAGGCCCCUCUGCCCUUGAGUUUGGUGCGGCCCCACAUCUAUGGCAUAGCUGUGAAAUAG